AUGACUCCGAGUCCUCGGUUUCCAGGCGGUUCGUCGCCGCUGCGACCGGCUAAAUCCGUUAUGUAUGUUCCCGUCGUAAAAGAUUCAGGAACAGAAGUGGCACAGCGCACAGGGAAAGAACCUAAAACCGCAUGGUCCUCAAAAGACGAUACAACGGCUAAAACACCACAUUCUGUGGUGCGAGCAUCACGGAGCGCUGCUGCAGCGGCAGAUAGCCCCUCGGGUUCGGGGGAGGGCCGGCGGCGGGACUCUGAGGGAACUAGGUAUUUUCUUCCGAGAGGCAAGAAACAUGUACAGCAGCAGAAAAAACGGAAACUCCGCCAGAAACGGCAGACUGGGAGGAGGCAGAACUCUCCUUCCCCCCCCGCAUCAGCCGCUGCCCAUGGUUCCUACGACAACGGGGGUUCCGUGUGCGAUUCUUUAGUUAAACGGCACGCCGAAGCGGUAACAGGCUCUGUAAAAGCGACGACAGUCUCUGGAGAAGCCAGACCUGCCUCCGGCCCCUCUUUGAAAAUCAGUUCAGAGCAGAGUGAAUCUUUCAGCAGUGUGUCACAGCGUGUCGCUCGCAGGCUAGGAAAUGCCUCCAGAAAAGAGGCGGCGUCGGCUGAGGUUCCUGUUGAAGGCCGUAGCCCGGAGGCAUGCGACCCGCCAGAGGAAAGCGUACUCCUCCCCUCUCUUUCGUCAAAACAUUUACGAGCAGAAAGACUGCACACAGCUGCAGUGAGGCGUGGAAUGGCAAGUCAUCGCAGGGCGUUCCGUGGGAGCCUUGGCACGCCCUCGCCCGAUGCAGCAGGAUCUUCGGAACGAAACGUUGCAAUCUCCGCCCCUGCCUGUACACCGGCGAUUGCGCGUGGCCCCCCCCUCGGGAGCGUGCUCCAUUUUGAAUCUACAAAUGCAGAAGAACCGUCUGCAUCCGCUGUCCGACGAGGGCAAAGACAAACCCAUGGAACGGCAACUUCAACGGCAUCUCAGGGCAAGCCGCUGCCUGCUGCCGCUGAGGCCGUGGUGCCCUCCACCCAUCUGAUAACGGCGCACACUGCCUCACCGACACACUUGACACCGAGUUCUUUUCUGUCAAACCACGAAAAAAAAAACUGGCGGCGCCAUUCUGUCUUGAAGUCAGCUUCUAAGAAACGAGAGGGUGGCCGUGUAUCUUUGGUGUGGAAGGCGGCAACAGUUCGUGCGGACGUUCCAGGCACAACGUCUCCACCCUCAGCAGCUAGUAACACCUCAUUCAAUAAGGGAAGACGGGGAACAUUAUCUAGCAGAACACCGAGCCUAGAAGCGCACCUGCGAAAAAGAGGUGUUUCGCUCUCUCCCCACACGCCCCCACCUUCGAGCGUAAUUCCACAGCGUCCCUGUUUUUCGGCAGUCACCUCCGACGCCGAGCCGCGAAACAGUCCGGCUCCUUCAGAUAGGCGUGGCCACUCCCAGAAUGACGCAGGACGUGGAGCCCUCGCAGAGGGUGUGGUUUCGGUAGGAGAAGAAAAUAGAGGAGCUCAUCAAAAUGCUUCACGAUGGACUGGAAGCUCCCCCCGCGGAAACGUAUUCAGUGCUCUGCCCGAAGGCACUUCCUUUUCGCGGGGCCAUCAGCCGAGGCCAAGCAAAAGCUCCCUCCCUGAAGCUCGGGUGAACAGUCAAGCACAAAAAGAUCUUCGUCCUGUGGAAGGAGCGUCAGCUCCAACAGAGUGUCUUUCUCAGGGGGGAAUCGGGGCAUCGGCACAUCAUGAGAAGGCUGGGCGGCUGCCAAACAUAGGUGGCGGUGAACGGCAAAGGCAAGACGCUUGUGGCGAGGCAGCAGCAGCUCUCGUAGGGACUACCGUAGUGGACGACGGCCCUAAACGAAGUGUAGAGAGAAAGGGCGUCUUUGGCAGCGGGAGCGAAGACGCACGACCGAGGUAUAGUUUUGCCGGAGCAAAUAGCAGCGUCCCGCGCAACGGUAGCUACCCCAUGGCCAAACAAGAUAGUCUAAGGAAAUAUGACUUUGCUGUGAGUCAGCGGCUGCGGCAAGGCAGGAAGGCUUUGAGCCUGUUGUCCUCUUUAAUCGACCAUGAGUCAUCUUUGGCAGCUUCUGGAGAUGUAGAGACCUGCCAACCUGCAGUAACCAGGGGACUGCAAGCCAUGGAAACUGGAAGCCCUCCCAAAGCGCGGAAUGUGCGUCGCACCACUCAAGUCCCAUCAGACUCUUGUCUUGCACCAAGCAGUACCAUCUGCUUAUCUGGUUCCUACCCCGUUACUCAACGAGUUCCCCCUAGCACGCUGAGAAUAGGUUCCAGCACGCUUGCUCGCCCAUCUCCUCCACGGGCAAAGGGUUUAGGUUCAAAACGGUUAACACCCGUGACAGGGGUACGCAAUAGUACGCAUUUUGCAUGGCAUGAAGUGUCUACAAAGCCAAGCUUUCCAUCUGCAUACACCAGCGAAAAGCCAAACCAAAACCUUUCUGGCACGGAGCAUGAACGCGUCGCUUCUGCGUGCCUGCUCCAGACCGGAACCCUGGCGCCGGCAGUGGGUACCCUACUCGAGACACCGAAACCUGUAGUUGGUCAUCCAGGUCAGCCCUCCGAGCAAAAACUUCGAAAUCAACAUAUCACAACGCCCACGGCAGGCGCCAGAAGGAAACAGACUGUUCCGCCGCUCACUGUGCGGUCUCCUGCUCUCGUCCUAGACGCCCACGGUCCCGGGGCGGUGUAUCAAGACUCAACAGCUUCCGUUCCACAGUUCACGGAAGACAACCGAAAUAGAGGAAAUCUUGGAGAGAAGGAUCUGACCAACAGAUUUCAAGAGCUUCCGAAGAGACACGAAGGGCAUCAAAUGGUAGCUGGAGAAAGCGAAAGUGUUCAGUCUUCGUUGGAAGGAAACUGCUUUCCUUUGUCUGGCUGUUCAUUGCGUGCGCCUCUGUCUGUACACCAGGAGCAACAAAAAACGCUGCGAGAGCUGGGCGACACUGUGUCUGGCGAAGGCUGCGCCGCCUGUCGGAAACCGCAGUCUUGUUCCUGCGUUCGAUGUAUUGCUGCCAAUGCCGUUGUACAGCUUGCAGCGAACGCUCCUUCCCAGUUUCUUGCAUCGCUUCUUUCCUCUCCCACGGGUUCCUCUCUUCUGCCAUCUUCUCCUUCCGAAGGCUCUUCUAGUAACACUGUCAGCUGUCGUAACGCGUCUCCGACCGGGAAUUCGAGGUCUUCCAAAGCUCACACACAGACAUCUCCGCAUAGACUCCCUUCCCCAGCGGCGGCAGAAAGGCCACCCUCGCCGACCGAUGCCGGCUCGGCGGCGUCUGCAAGUCUCCUUCCAACUCGUCCUCUUGUGCAGAAAACUGCCUCCUUCUCAUCAAGUACCUCUCCUUGUGUGCCUCUUCUGAGCCCCGUCAAAGCCGGUGGCGACAAGCAGGAUUUUACCCUGGGCCGCUCACAUAAUGGCACACAAGAGCGAUCACAGAGUGAACAACCACAGCAUCUCGUUUUCAGUCAGUCGUGCACGGGAACGCCCUCGCCUCAAGGGAUCGCCUCUGAAGAUUCUUUCACUUCAGAAGUGACUGCCACUCGCUCACGGCAAGACCAGGAUUCUUCGUCAAUGCAAACCGCAGAAGCGAGCGUAGGGAGUGUGACUGCAUCGAAGCAUGCUCCUGCCGUUUGUGUCGAAGCGCCUCCAGCAGCAGAUCUGGGAGAUACUGACGUGGCGGACCGGGGCCCCCUGGGGGUAUGCCUCUGGCUGAAGAGAGACACGGCCGUCGAGGGACUCCUGGCGGCCGCCCCAGAUGUGCCGCUGCAGUCUCCUCCGCCGUCACCAUGUCUGCACAAAACAGUCUCCCGAACCAAACGGGAGCCGAGGGAUCUCACAGGGGGCCAUUCGUUGACGUCUGAAGAAUCAGCUGGUCUGCCGAGGAAAUGUUCGUCCGCUCUUUCCACGCCUGCAGUUCCUUCUGCCAUCUGCGUGCCUGGCUCAGUCCCUAGCCUCAAUACUCAGUGCAUCCGUGAGGACUCGCUGUCGGCAAAAGCCGACAGAGCAAGCCAGCCGCAGGCGGCAAGCAGAGAUAGCGGGCCCUCGGAAACUCAGAGCGUCUGCCGCCAGGCAGAUACACCCCCCGCGGGCAGCCGGGAGUCCUCGGGGGAGAGAGAGACGGGCAGUUCUGUCAAAACAGCAAGCGAAGCACUGGAAGAGAGCAGCAUGUCCCGUGUAGCGACAAGGGCUGCGACGUUUUUUGAAAGAUUGCUUUCCCUUCUCCGUCAGCAAACACACGAGGAGCCUGCACAGGCCGUGAACCAGGCUCCCGCUCCUGCCCCAGGUGGAGAAGCUGGCACACACUCACCUGGUCUUGAGGAUCGGAUUGACGAUGAAACGCCUAAGCCAGGAAAGCGAAGCGGAGAGCUGAAAGAGGAUAUAGACGAGACAAGCGCAAGAGGGACAGAUGAGCUCGGGCGCUCACGCGACCGUCAGGAACCUGGCGACAAGACUCAAAGGGGGGCAAGCCCGGUACAGGGGGGCCGAAUGCGUGGCAAGCGGGACGAAAACGCUUUCAAAAAUGAGGGUGGGAAGGGUGAUCUCAUAAAGGGUGGCGGAGUAUACGAAGAUGAUAGUUCUGAGCCGCAUGUGCGAGGCCAAGACCAAGGCGCUGUAUCCCCUGAUACAGCCGGCCGCUGCGUGGCAGACGACGGAGUCCUUAUCGAAAGUUUCCAUCCUUUUCCGCGCCGCGGAGAGCAUGCAGAGCAGGAUAAACCGGUCGUCGCAGGCAGUACUGUUGCAGAGUGCACCACGCCCAGAAAUGAGGCUACUGGAUUUCAAUGCCAGCGCACACGAGAGGAGGGGCAAGAAGUUUUUUCGAACAGGGUCAUAUGUUCGGGAAGCCAGCAAAACAGAACCUCCGUUAUCGGCGAAGGCAUCCAAGCGGAAGAAGAAAUAAAAACUGCUGCUACAGACGUGCAUGCAGAGGCGGGAGAUUUGCAUCCCCGUUCGCCUGCUUCCGCUUCGCCUUCUCUUGUGGAUCCCUCCGCACAAGCCGCGGCGCUCGCCUCUCAAGGUGCGGAGAGCGGCGCAGGCGAGGAAUUACAGAGAGGUCUCGACGAGGCGGAACACGGGGGGGACGCUUGGAAGAAGGCCGAUGUCAUGCCGGCAUCACCGCGCCUCCCUUCUUACGAGCUUGAAGGUCUGGAAAAGACGGAGGCCAGCCGAGCCCAUCCGAGAGAGCACUCUCUGGUGGAGCAAGCGCCUGCCGUGGUGAGAGUCAACAGCGGCCUGCUGAAGGGAAGAGGAGAGGGACAGGGGGAGGCAUUCUCUCCCGAGGAACCGGGGAGGGGCCCUUGCGCAUCGUACUCCUCGUCCGAGGCUCUCAGCUUUCCUGCACGCGCUGCCGCUCCAUCCUUGAGGGCGCAUGCGGGCAAAGGAGAAGACAGCGAGGGGCAGGAAAACUCGCGUUCCUCUCUUUCGCGCGCAGCCAUCCAAGUCAUGCCUGCCCGUUCACAGAGACAGGAGGUGCCAAACCAGGGGACAGGGCUACAGAUACAGGGAUCUAGCCGUCGCUCCCACAGCCCAGCAGGGCGCUGUGCCCCUCUUCAGGGCUUUGCACAGAAAUCAGGGGCAGCACGGCAACCGAAGCAACAGCAAACCUCUGUCUCGCUGGAAACAGUCAACGCGGCGGAGCUUCCGAGAUCCACCGCGGAUGGCAUAGCGGACGAACGCCAAGCCAGGCCGGUUCACAGUCCCGCUGGUGGUGCCUGUCGCCCGCAGACCUCUUCAGCUGCUUCGCGCCCUGUCUCUCAUUUGCAGGGCCCCAGCGGUGAAGGAGCGACUCCCGCCUUCGCAGAGAGUGGCGCUCGAAGCAGGGAAACUCCUGAAUGCUCACAGACGCGCAACGCAGAGCUCUGCCAGGCGGAUACUGGAGAAGGUGUGUCAGGGGAGCGUCCCCCUUUGCCAAACUCUGCCGUUGUCUCGGGGCCUCUGUCUCCCUCUAGGCGGAACCGUGCCUCGUUCCACAGUGAAGGAACUCCAGGCCAUACAGCUGAGGCGCCGAUGAGUAGAAAGAGCAGCGCCAAUUUGAGCUGUGAUGAAGGCGGUCUUUACGCCAGCGGGGGUAGGGUUCAGUCCCCCCGGUCACCUGCCUCGGCCGCGACGACGGAGACAAGGGGUGUCGGGAGAACCCACUCUUCAUGGAGGAGCGAGUUUCAGCGUGGCACAGCUGAGGGGGCGGUGGAGGGGCACUUGGAAGCGCACAGGCAGGGCGACUCCCGCCCGCGCGGCCGAGAGCACAAGACCCAAGGCACCUCCACAGAGCCAGACGCCGCCCGGCAAGCUCUCACCGAUGUCCUGCAGCGUCUGCUAGCCACUAGUGCUGCUCAUCUGUCUUCGCCUGCGGCCUCGCUCAUUCCCGAAGGACUCCAAAACCGUCCUGCAUCGUAUGCAUCCUCUUCGGUCUCGUCUCUUUCUUUGUCUCCUCGGCCGGCUUUGUCAACUGCGCCUGCGGCUCUGCCUCCCGCCUCUCUGCCGCGCUCGGCUUCAGAAUCUCAAUGCAGCAGACUUGCGAGCGGCGGGGCGCAUGCGGAAACCCCCUCGGAGUACUCGAUGCAUCUGUCUCCGGGCCCCGGAAGCCUGUCCAAGUUCGUUUCGCACACUGACGCGUCUCUGUCGACUCUCGCUUCUUUUGUUCCCGCUUCUGCCUCGUCGUCAGCCGUCGCCACAGGUUCGUCGUCUCGCGGCCAGGCUCCGCAGGCUCAGCAGGCUCAGCAGCACGACUUUCAGCGGCGCUUGCGCCAUCAGCUCCAGCAGCUGAAGGAGCCUUGGCUCGCGGCAGGAAAUAACAACUCUGAGGAGAAAGGGCGGCUCUCUUUUUCGCCGCUGGAGCGACUUCUGGCCGGACAUGGAAAGCCCUCGCUCAAAGACCAGGUUCUCAAACCCGAUGCGCGCCGCCAGGCAGACACUUUUCAGACCGCUGACGGCGGAGCAGGGGGCGACGACAACACGCGGCGUACACGAGCGACUAAGAAAGAGCCGCCCGACGCCGGAAUGGAGAAAAAGCAAUCCCUCGUCGACGUUGUGUGCCGCGAACUCAAGCGCCUGCGGCGCCAGCUCGUUGAGUACCGGAACCUCCAACAGAAGCAGGCCGAAGCGGCUCUUCAGCGGGGCGGGAGGCGCCGGCGAGAAGGCGAAGGCGCUGAGAUCGCUGAGGCGGGGCUCGAGGCUCCCGCGCAGACACAAGGGGAGAGUGUGAGAAGAAGAACGAAGUCGCCCACGGCCUCGACCGCAAGGGACAGAGACCCAGAGCAGAGACGGAGAGAGCAGCAAAGCCUUGGGGGUCUUCCGACGCCUCCGCCACCAGAAGCGGGCCCUGGCGUUUCGCGACAGACAGCAGCGACAGCGGCCACGGAGCUUGGACUUCUCCGUCUGCUUGCCGCAUCGGCUGCCGCGGCAGCGAGAGGCGACGGAGGAGCCGGCUCAGCUUCACUGUCGGCUCUGCAGUCGGUGCUGCUUUCUCAGAAGCUGAAAAGCAAAGACCACCGGCACAGAGGUGUGGACGCUUUGGGUGGAGACUUCCGCUACCUCGGGGGAAGUCGUGCAAGCGAGCGGACAGGGAAUGGAGAAGAAAGAGAGCCUUUUCAAGGAAGCAGGGAAGUGUUAGCACGGGGUGAAAGGCCUUUUGCCUUGCCUGCGGCACAUCGUGUGGACCAAGGCAGCGGAGCAGGAGCGCGAUGCUUAUGCAACAGUGUAGACAAGACGAAUGAAGAAGACGCCUCAGGAGAAACGGGCGAAAUCGCCGGCUCCUCCUCUGCCUCCUCGUCGACGGUGUCUAGGUCACAAUCCACUGUGUCAUCCGCGUCUGGAGGGGUCGCCCUUACGGAGCACCAACGCCAGCAGCUGAGACUGCUGAAGCGGCUUCACAACCUUCACCAGGUAGACGUUGAGCGAAGCAGAAGUGAAAGCAUGAGACGGAAGGAGAGCAAGAGCCACGAAACCUCAAACUCGUGGGGGAGCAAGGCGGGCGCCGGCGCGACAGGUGCCCUGGAGCACAGCAGGUACGCAGGUGGAGCGGGGGCUUAUUCCUCUUCGCCCGCUGCAGACAGACCUUCCCGCAGUGGCCAGUACACGAGAGAAGAUGGAACGGGAAGCGGCUUGUCUGCCACGUUUCCUGUGAAGCCCCUCAAGAAACACGAGAGCUGCACCAGCGCCAGCUCCUCUGGCCCUGCCUCUGGGACGCGACAAUCUGUUCUCCAGCGGCAGCAAUCUUCUCCCCCUUACGCGUCUUCUUACGCUCUCCAUCCGGCUCGAGGGUCUUCCCGGCCUGGGGAGCCCAACGCGUCUGUCUUUGCCCCCGUAUCGAGGGCGAACUCCGGUUCCGCUCUCCUGUCUAUUCUGGCCUCUUCCCCCGCCUUCCGACACCAGAACGCCUGCAAUGUGUCCGGGGCCGGUGGUGCAGGACUGGAGGCCAGAGGGACGGGCAGGCGAGGAGCCUCUAUGUCUGAGCUGCAGGCGGGUUUUGACCCGGCAGCUGCCCCGGCAGCUGCCCCGGCAGCUGCCCCGUUUCAGGCUCUCGCAGACUACUGUCUCGGCCGAAAGCUCCUCAAUUCUUCGCCAUCAUCUGAGCCUGUCGCUUCCACAGCGCAUGCGUCGCCGUUUCUUCAGAAGUUGACGUCGCUUUCGCGCCUGUCUCCUUCGCCCCUGGGCAGACAGAAGGGCCCGCCUGUCUGCCGCACGGCGUCUGCUGGCGCUGUGCCGCUCGCUCUGCCGCCUUGCUCCGUCGCUGCGAAGCUGAGCGCCCCCAUUCGGGGUGGCAAGAAAAGCGGAGAAACGUUUGGUCCCGGGGAGGGGGGACGAGAGAAAGACAUGCCUUUCCAACUUUCGCAGGGCCAAAGAAGGAAUCUAGGUGAGCGAGGAGGACGGGGAGACAGUGGCGCGUUUCGGUCACGGCAGCCAGUUCCAGCGCGGCCGUUGCAUCGCUUCUCAGACGUCCUGAUGCACCACCACGCCAGUUCCAGUUCAGAUCUUCCAGCUGCUCCAUCAGGCGGAAACAGACCCGGAGACGAGGGAGGAGACCCUGUCUUUCUCUCCGAGGAGGACACAAGAGCCCGGCCGCGGCACAUCCACCGUGAGUGCUUCGAAGGAGCCGAACCAACCCGUCAUCGACUGGGUCAGCAGGGCUUUGCGCUGUCAUUGCCCUCGUAUUCUGCUGCUGCUCAACGUGUCGACAGUUUGGACAACGCCCUUGUAUCUAGCCGACGACCCCCCACGCUCCGGGCGCUGUCGGCCCUCGCAGGCGGCCCCGGGGGGACGCGGCCAGAGGCCGGUCCUCGAAAGUCGCUGGAGACGCCGAAUGGGAGCUUUGUCCGCAGUUUCGCUUCGAAGGAAGGCGGCGAGGGCGGCAGAAACGCUGUGUUGCCGCUCGGGCGAGUUCCUCUCUUUAGAGCCGUCGAUCCAUUCUCCAUGCCCUCUCUACCAUCGCAGAUCGGGGAGCCACAAAGAGACCUGCAAGAGGGGUUCCGCAGGAGACCCUCCGACGGUUUGCGAGAUGGAGGCGAGGACAUGGGCGCGCAGUUCGCUGGGCCUCACCAUCCCCCGCUGAGGUUUCGCGGAGGGGACUACAGGCUGUACGACGACCCCAGACAGGCGGACAUGCGCAAGCCGCCAUUUCUUCCUGACCGCGCGCAGCGGGCGUUUCAGCUGGCGCAAGGUCAAAUAGCUCUCCAGCACAGCAUGGCGGGCGCCUGCCUUCACCCCCUGCAAUACCAGCCUGCGACGGGGCCCCGCGAGGAGAACUCUCUCAGCCUCGCCGUCUACCGGUCUUCGUCCCACAGCUUCUCUCUGCCGAGGAGGGAGGAGUACCUCAGGACGCAGAGCCUGGACAGUACCUCCUUUGGACAGGCGCAUCCCACGUGGACUCAUGGGAACCAGAGCUUGGAAGACCGCGAAGAAGGCGAUGGAGGACAGGAUGAGGAAGACGAAGAGGAUGCGCUGCGGACGGCGAGACGGCCGGUGCACGCGCUGCUGCCUGAGCCGCUCCAGGCCCUCGAGCCUGUCAGCGUCCGCCUGGGCGUUUACACAAUCGCAAAAGAAGGGGAGCCGAGCACUGAGGAUGACUGUAAGGGUCAAUUGAAGGAAGUCCACACGUUUCUUCUUCUGGAUAUUUCCCUGUGCGUGGUGGCGCCGCGGUUCUUCAGUCCAGCGCUCAGUGUGUCAUGCGCCCCCGGCUCCAGCCCGCUGGUGUCGGAGCUGCUUCUCGGCGCUGAAGAGGACUCAAAGAGACUCCUGACUCUGUCUGGGGCGCUGCCUGCUGCCUACAACACGUUGGCGUCGUUGGGCCUUCGCGAGAUGGCGGGGGUCGCGAGCUGUCCCCUCCCCUCCUCCCCACAGAUGCACGGUGGAGUGGCAGGCGCUGGAGACCCGGCCGCCCCGCAGGAGGCCGAGGAGAGAGACAGAGCCCCCUUCCUUCCCUCUGCAUGGUGGUCGUACCCUGGCUAUCUGCAUGGCCACGGGGUGAACAGCCUACCGCUGCACUCUUCUGAUUUCCUCACGAGUCUUGCUCCGGGUACCCCGGAGCAGAGUGCUGGAGGUUUGGUGUCUUUCUUCUGCGCCCCGGGGGACCAUCUCUUGCCGCCGUCUGCGGGGCAUGUGUCUCUGUUCCCGUCCUGUGAGAGCCUCGGCCCGGCCGCCUCCAUGCCGCUGGCGGUUCCCGGCGUGUCGCCCUUGCGCACAUGCGGAGGCAGCAGUGGAGCCUCGGGUGGUUUCCGCGACGCCGCCUCAGUGGCGCAGCUCCAGCCCUCCCACAUGCUGUCCCCUCCAGGGGAGGGAGGGCUGACAGAGCAGCAGUUGCUUCUUCUGCAGCACCACCAGCAGCCCUUUGCGUCCAUGCACCUUCGCCACGGCGGCGGACUGUUUACGGCCUCGCAGCUCUUCGCCCCUGACCCCGCGGCCGACCCGUCCUCCCUGGCGCCGCAUCUCCACUCCCGCACGCACAGCCUUCCGCCUUCGUCCCUCCUCCACUCCCACCACUUUGUCGGGCACUCCGCAUUUGGCGCCGGCGGAGGCCCCGCCGCCGCGUUCGGUCUGGGCGGCGGAGACCAGGGGUUCGCGCUCUCGGGGCCGACGCAUCCGUUCCUCUCUCCUGCGUCGCACUUAUCCCCUUCCCAUGCCAUCCACUCUGCCUUGAGCUCGUGGCGCGCCAUGAGCGCCUCACACGCUCUGUCGCAGGCGCCGCUGCACGCCGCGCACGCGAUCCCCCCCCUCGGCCCGGGCAGCCAUCAGGGUUCGCCGACGCCGGGGCAGCCUAGCCAGAACCGCAGCGGCGCCUCCCCUGUGGUGGCAGCCACAGCUGCGGUGGCGGCCUCGUUUUUGACCAGCUCAACCGCCAGCCAGCGCGAGGAGAUCCGGCUCCAGCAGAGGCUGCAGGAGGACUCGUGUCAGGCAGCGCGAUUUGGACUAGCCACGCAUGCGCCUCAGAGAACGCAGCCCAGCCAGGAACGAACCAGAGAUCACGACGCCAGCCCCGGGGAAGCGGACAGCUCGGGGAGUAGUGGGGGGACGCUGGUAAGGCGGCGUGACAGUUCAGAGGCAGCGUCGUGGCACGGAGGCGGCGGAGGGCAGCCGGCAGGCUUUGACUCGCGUCCGGGCAACGCAGCUCUUGCCGACGCGCAGCACAUCUCAAGCCGACCCGCGCUGGCUCACACGGGAGAGAGGAACGGCCAAAAGCAGCCGAGCGCCACGGUUUCAAAUCAGAUCUUCUCGGAUUUCUUGCCUCAGCUCGCUUCAUCUGGUUCUUCAUCAUCGGUUACGCCUUCUGCUCAAGCAGGCGUACGUGGCAUCGCCGGCAGCCCGCGAGCUGAAAAUGGACGAGCUAGCGGCGACUACUGCCCUCCCAACGCUUCUCCCCAGGCGCCGCCUGACACCGAUGCUUCCAUUUCGGCAGCGCCUUUUUCGCCUUCUGUAUCGCCCUCAACAGCCUGUCUGCGCGGGCCGGCUCGCCACUCAGGAGGCUUGGCGGCCUUCACCACGUCUCCGCCAGGCUCAGGGACAGCGCGCGCAGACUGUCGGCUUUCUGUUUGCUCCGCGGAGUCGACUGCGCACAGCCCUGGGGUCUUUCCGUACGCCGGGGCCUUGCCGCCACCUCACCACGGGCAGGCGCCUGAAACCCGCACGUCUACUUCCACCGGCUUUCAUGACAUGCCACCGUACCCGCUUCACAGCCCUUUUACCUCCGCAGGAGCGUUCAAAGGAGAACGCAGAGAGCCUUCGCUGGCUUCUGCUGCAUGCUCAGCUGGCGGCUACGCGGGCUCCGAGCAACACUUCAAAGAGACAUCCGAAACAUUAGGCACAGCUGCCGCAGCUGCGGCCGACAUGGUGGUUGCCUGUAACUCUUGCCUGCGGUGUAUAGACGCUGCGUCCAAGACAAUUGUCUACCUGGAUACGCAGCACCUCCAGCUCUACUCAAAGCCGCCGCCCGCUUUCUACUUGCAGCAGGAGAUCUUGGCGGCCGUGAUGCGGAAAGCCCUGCAGGCUUUCGUCGCCCAGUACGAGGCCAAACUGCAGCUGAAAAUGCAAGUUCGGAUUAGGCGGCGCCGCCAGCGCCACCAGAUGCGGAUGUUGCUCAGUCUGCAGGCCAAGGCGAUGCAGUCGAGACAGAAAGACGGCGUUGGCGGGCGCGAGCCAGAAGAGUCAAGAGGGACAAGCCGGUCAGACCGAACGCUGCCAACCAACAUCUUCGACAGAGCGCAAAUCGACCCCGAGGCGGAAGCAGCCGAGGCAGAUGCCACAGCUGCUGAAGGGAACGAGCCGGAACCAGAGAGAGAGCGAAAAGCCCAGCACUGCGGCGAGGGCACUGAGCAGGACAUCCCGCAGAAAGCUCAGCUGGAAGCGCGCAGGCCGGGGAGAAAAACCGCCAGACAAGGGCGCGAAGCGGAGGGGCGUGAAAGAGAGGGCAAUGCGGAAGCGGAGUAUAGCAGGGGGGACCAGAAGAGCAGCGGGGUAACUGGAGGAACGCAGGGAGAAGCAGACACGCAGCCCACUCGCUGGAUGGGAGAAAAAACUCCAUGGCUGGCUGAGGUGCUGGCGCAGCAGAUGGAAGACGCCAUGGAGAGCAAACAGCUCGACAGGAAGGAGAGUGAAGCGGCGGCAGCCGAGGAAGAGGUGAGACGCCCUCACGGCUGGGCCGCUGUUGAGUUCAAACGAAACAAGGGCGGGGCGCAAGUGAAUGCCUCGAGCACGGGGUUCUUUUCUGCCUUCCAGGCACCGCCAUCCGUCGCAGUGUCGCCUUCUAAGGCUGCGUCUGCCUCGUCGCCGGCCUGUGGAGAGACGGUGGCGCUCGCUGACUCAUCCGCGAGUCAUCUGCCCUCCUUGCUCAAACCUGCCCCAGCAGGCGUCAGCCACAAAGCAGGCUCCGGACAUUUAGAGGCUUGCUUCAAACGUGCAGGUGGAUUGGCGGCCGAGGGGGAAACGGGAAGAGAGGGAGACGCGGCGAAGGCGGAGAUCCCGACUCCGCCGGACGCCCGUGCUCAGCAGACUUCCGAGGAGGCCUGGCAGCGCGAGGGCUGCCGCCCUGAAGAACACUGGGGACUGGAGGAAGCAGCAGCCCUGCUCCAACAGGAAGCAGGUUCCAUCAGCUCGCUCUGGCCGGACGCGUCUUGCGCCUACGCGGACUAUCUCAUCGGCUGGCCUGAUACAGAGACGCCGUCGUUCUGCAGACACGCGGGGCAGAUCAGAUGCGAGGAGGGCGAAAGCGGCCUGACGGAGACUCACUUGCUUCGGCUCCUCCGAACCGAGACAACGAAGGGCGACCUGUUGAGGGCUCAGCUGGAAGGUGCGGAAGGCGAGCUGCUGAGACAGUGGGCAGCAGAGGAGCGAGAGCAGGGCGCGAGGUGGAAGGCCCGCAGCGUAUCGCCUCCGCCGCUCUCUCGGAAAGCGCUUUCUUUUCCGUGCCUUGCCUCGCCACAGGUGAAUCCACGUCACGCCUCACAUCGGCCUCUUCCUACUGUUCCCGCUGCCGGGGAGCGUCCCGGUCUGCUGAACAACGUUGCCAAGCUGGCUGCUCCCUCUGCAUGCCCCCCGUCUUUUCCCCGCGAGCAAGCCGACGAACCCAAGCCCUCAGAUACCAGUGAGCAGGCGAAACACAAUCUCCCCGUUCUGUUGGCGGCUUCCUGCACGACAUCCGGGGCAGCGAAACACGUGAGAGCCGUUCCCGACGAGGCUCCGCUUGCCAGCUCGACUGAGGAAAGCCCGUCCGAAGGGGCCCCCGAGCUCCACGCGUUGUGGGUUCAAGUCUCCAAGCAGCAGCAAGAAGUCCAGGAACAAAUCGAGACGCAGCAAGAACGCCUUCUGGCUUGGUGCACAGACACAGAGUGCCGGGUGAGAGCGAAACAGAUCGAGGAAGCGAUGCAUGUCCUCUCCCUAACCCGUGAAGAAGCCGUGAGUCUCCUGCACCACACAGACCAAGGCCUCGCUCUCUAUGAGGCAUUUUGCUCUCAGGCGCGAGCCUUGCACCGGCCGGGAACAGAUGGCCAGUUCGGCUGGGCCCUAGGCGAGAGCCUUGAACAAGCGAAGGAAGAAGAAGCAGGAACUGGCGCCAGCGGAAGACAAGCGUCGUCAGCAAACGCCGAUGCAAACAGUGCAGCCGCAACGACCGGCGGCGGACGCGAACAAGCAGAUGCAGGCAGACUCGAAGGAGGCGCAGCGGAGGACAGGCGGAAGAUGGAGGAACUUGUGGGAGCGCCAAACGAAAGGACUGAAAACACUAGCAAAGGCGACUCAAAGCAGGGUGGUGAAGAAGCCGAGCAGCGCGACGACUCCCGCGAGGAGGUGACCGGGGACCUGUCCUCCUGCUAUCGCUUAACGGAAACUUCCUGCCUUCUCAAGCCGUCGCGACAGCUGGAAGGAAGUCCAAACAGCAAAGCGCGCCUCGACGAGGCUACGCUGCGCUCCACGAAUCUCGGCAUGUCUGGCUCCACAGACGAUGACAGCCUCGAUACAAGCACCUCACACCGCCUUCCCGGGUCCAUCAGCGAACAGGGAGAACGGCAGGCAGCUCCGGAAGAAGUCACGGCAUGGCUGCAAGCCUGGGCGCAAACCUGGCAGAGUCACUGGGAACGAAUGGCGCCCUCGAGUGGCGGCGUUCCCACAGCGUCUUCUCAGACGCGAUCCAGUUCGCUGGGAGGUUGCGGCGGGCUCCUGAAUGCCAAAGAAGAACGCAAGGAGCUCCUCCAGAGUCAGGGCCGGGAGAAAGGGAACAACGCUGCCUCACAGGACGCCGGCCGCGGCGUCUGGCUGGGGGGCCCGGGGGGCUACGAGGAAGGCCAUCCCCCCCGGAGUGGCGACAGGGAAGACGCCAGCAAGCCCGCCACAGUGGAGGAAUGCAGAACGACGGAGCAAGCCAGGAUUGGCGCAGCAGGACGAGACGGCGGACCCGAUCUCUUACAGGAGGCAGCGGGUGAAUCCCCGUCUUCGUCAGUGGCGUCACAGUCCGGUACUUGCCGGUAUCCUGCGGCGCGCGGCACUCCGCCAGGGACUUCUUCGUCUCGCUCCUUAGACUCGAGAGAGUGGGAAGAAGAAAGGGAGGAACAGCUGCGGCGCGUCAGCGACGAUGACCGCUGGCUGGAGGAGGCGGACGACGCCAGUCCGGCGCUCUGGUGGCUGGUUCCAAAGGGCGCGUGCUGCUGGCGCUGCGGCGGCGCCCAGAGAGAAAUGGCGCUGUCCUGUCUGGGCGACGUGGUGCCCCUCUCUCGCGCGCUCCGCGUGGCUGCUCGAAGGCGUGCAGAAGCCGCUGAGGCCGCAGCUGAAGUGGCAGCUGAGGCGGCAGCCAAGGCCACCGUCUCUCUCUUUCCGGUUCUGGCGGCGGACAGCCUGCCCAGUCCGCGGCCGCCGAAUGCGUGGGGGCAGGAGCAUGGCGUGGGCGAAUGCCACCGCAUCUUGGAGCCCUUCCACGCAGAGGUUGGCAUGGCAUGCGCCCCAAGUGGAGGAAGGCCAAGAUGCGUCGGGAGUGUCCAUGCGGCGGACGAGACCGGAGACCGCGCGACGGAAUCCAGCGGGAGGCAAAGGCACGGGCGGUCCCCUCGCGAGGAAACUGUCUCGAUCCACCAAAUCAGGACGCGGGGACAGGCUCUAGGCUUCGGCGAGGAGGGUGCUCGGGGAGUGUGCGAUGCGGAGACAGCAAGGAUCUUGGGGCGAUACCACGUGAGGGAGUCUACGACUCGUGGCGUGGACUCCGCGUUUCCUGGUUCCGGUGUGCCAGCUCCAUAUUCUCUCGGACAGGCAGCUGAUCGUUGUGGAGGUCAUUCAGCGUCUGACGUUGAGAAGGACGGCGGGGGGCUCCAGCUAGAGCCACCGACGCGGGAAGCCGGCAGGGAGAGCCACGGUGAUCAUCAAAGCCGGACGGGGCAACCGCGAGUCGCGCGUUCUUCACACGAGGACGAAGCGCAGCAAAGAGAACAUGGCGGCCUUGCUGGUGCAUUCCCAAUGGAAGAGACAGGUGGCGAGGAGAUUGAGAGUUCUCAUCAACUGGCAUUUCGUCGUUCCUCGCCUCUCCCCCUCCACCCCGCCCGAAGCGGUCCUACUCCGCCUGACGGUGGGUCGCCUGCCGCGCGGCGGCCCGGGAGCGGCGGCGUGCGCCCAGGCCAGCCAUCGCCUCGCUCGAGGUUUCAUUUGCCCCAGACUCUCUGUUGGGGGGAGCACGACGGGAGGCCGCUACGGGCGAGCCGGGCGCCUGAAGGUGGGCAAAGCGUCGCCUCUUCCACGGGGCCGGUGGCGGAACCCUACUCGCUCUGUGCGCGGCGUCAAGCCGUGUCUGGCGGUCUAGCGACCAGCAGGCACAACAGCGGGGUUCCCUACUCCGGGGGCGGAAGGCCGAGCGACGAAGAGAUGGCCCAGAGAUCUCCCCACAGUGCCGCUCUCCGCGCGCCCGAUUCACCGCCAGGAGGAGCUUGCGGCCUCGGUGCGCUGAGUUACACCGCACCAUACACUGGCGAAGCCGCGCAGCAGGAGGGGCGUUCUGCGCGCCGCCUCCACGGCAGCGAGGCCGCUGUCCUUCAGAGAACUGACGCACACCCCCAUCGGUACAGCAAUGUACUGUUUGCUCAGGACGGAAACGGAGGGGAGGCGCCCCGAGAGGGCGCCAGAGGCUGCCUCAUGGACGGAAAGGAAGGGGAGCAGGCGCCCGCAGCAGCCCCUGGGCGGCGCUACUGCCAAUGCCAUAGGAGUUCCGAGGAGGCGGUGCAGGCCGUGGAGUAUUUUGGAGGUACUCCACUCACUUCUACUUGUUCUUCUACUUUGUCCACGAGCUCGCCCAGCCCCGUCUCUCCGUCGGCGGGCGACGCAGAGGACGCUGCCAGAGAUGCCUCGAAGACUACGGAGGAAGUGGGGUCAAUGGACUCAGGCCCCCGAAGGAAUUUGCCGCAUUCUCUUGUCGCGCACGGCACGUCGCAGAAGCAGAACUCUAGCGGACGCAUGGAGCAGGCCAGCGCCUCCGAGCUUUCAUUGUCGCAACCAGGCGGGGGAGCAACUCAGCCGGCUGAUGGCAUCUCCUCCUUGUGUCGCGAUUCUUCUGCGGCAAUGCCGCAAGAAACUGUUGGGCAGCAGCGCAUAUCCCUCCUCGCGGCGGGCCGUAUGGCGCGGCAUUUGGAGCUUGUCAAUGAAGACACGUCUGCAUUGUUUGCGCACGUGGUCAUGCUGCUCCCUCCGAAAGUCCUCCUCGUCUGCGCCCCUCCAUUCUUCGACUUCUUAUUCGCUCUGAGGGAUAUCUGGUGCCGCGAUCUACUUCUUCUGCCGCCGAAAGGCCAACCACCUCUCAUGCUCAAUCAAGUGCAGCAUCAGCUCCAACAGGAACUGCAGAAGCAGCAAGCAUACCGAGAAACUGUUCUUCAGCCUGUAGUCUCCCAGAGACUCCGGCAACUCGUGGCGGUUGCGUUGCGCAGAUACUACAUGUACCGGAGGCACGAAAGAAUGAAAAAUGGACACGUCAGUGUCAAGGAGGGCGCCGAAGACUGCCUAACACUGGCGGCCGAAGGCUCCGGAUUUGUUGCAGAUCGCCAUAUUGUGUGA